AUUCGAAUUCCGCCGCUUCUCCUCCCCGCGCGAACCCGCCCGCCCGUCCCCUCCCGGACCUCGCCGGCAAGCAAUCUCCAAGGCCUCGCCGGCCGUCUGCGGCGCCAGAUCAGAAGCGGCUACCAGUGAGCCCGCAGCCGAUCGACCACCACGCCGGCCGGGACAGGGGAGGAGGGAUGGCGACGGAGGCGUUCGAGAUGUACCGGCAGUCGGAGAUCGGCUACGCCCUCACCGAGACGCUGGACGAGAUGGUGAGCAGCGGCGUGCUCAGCCCCGACCUCGCCAUCACCGUCCUCCUGCAGUUCGACAAGUCCAUGGGACACGCGCUGGAUAAGCAUGUCAAGAGCAGGGCCUUCUUCAAGCGCGGCAAUCUGCGCACAUACAGGAACUGCGAUGACGUCUGGACAUUAAUCUUGAGAGACGUGACGUUCAAGAACGAGGAUAUCGAAACAGUCCUCCACAAAGUGAAGAUCGUCGCCUGCGAUUCUGCUGCGCUUAAGAAGCCUCUCGAACCUAUUACUUGCCAUCAGUGCCAACCAUAGUCCACUUCAUGAUACACCAGGCGCCAUCCCCAAACUAAACAGACAGAACUAUUGACAAGUUAGAUAUGGAACUAUAUAUAUGUAAUAAGCACUACAUACUACAUACAGACAGAACUAUUGACAAGUUGAAAGUGAACAUUUACUCCAAGGGCAGCUGCUGAGAGUGGAACUUGAGCUCGUUGUGGAAGCUUUGUAACACGAACUGCUCCUCCGUGAUGAGAAUCGUCACGCUGCACUCCGACUUGGAGAAUGACUGAACGGUUCUCUCAUGUUCUUCCGGCAUGGCGUGUUGGGAAACAUAGUAGAAAACAAAAAGAACCACCCUAUGAAUCAA